CCGGGCCGGGGCCGAGGAUGCGCCGUGGGGUCCCGCGGCGUGGGCUGGAGCGAGGAGGGGGCUACGGGGGGGGCUGAGGAGCCGCCAUGGCCCGCCGCGAGCCCGCCAGCCCGGUGGUGCGGCAGAUCGACCAGCAGUUCCUGGUCUGCAGCAUCUGCCUCGACCGCUACCGCAACCCCAAGGUGCUGCCCUGCCUGCACACCUUCUGCGAGAGGUGCCUGCAGAACUACAUCCCGGCCCAGAGCCUGUCCCUGUCGUGUCCUGUGUGCCGCCAGACCUCGAUCCUGCCUGAGCGGGGGGUCCCGGCACUGCCCAACAACUUCUUCAUCACCAACCUGAUGGAGGUGCUGCAGCGGGACCCCGACCCCCACGGGGCCCCCCCUGCGCCCCUGCCCCCCCUGGGCGCCGCCACCGGGCAGCCCCUUUGCUGCCCCAACCACGAGGGAAAGGUGAUGGAGUUCUACUGCGAGACCUGUGAGACAGCCAUGUGCCGGGAGUGCACGGAGGGGGAGCGGCGGGAGCACCGGGACCACCACACGGUGCCGCUGCGGGAUGUGCUGGAGCAGCACAAGGCGGCCCUGCAGCACCAGCUCGAUGCCGUGCGGGCCAGGCUCCCGCAGCUGGCAGCGGCCGUGGGGCUGGUGGCCGAGAUCAGCCGGCAGCUGGGGCAGCGCCGGGCCGAGGCUGAGGCCGAGAUCGGGAGCAGCUUCGAGGAGCUGGAGGCGGCUCUGCGGCAGCGGCGGGAGGUGCUGCUGCGCGACCUGGAGGCCACCUGUGCUGCCAAGCAGCAGGUGCUGGAGGCGCAGCUGGAGGUGCUGCGGCAGGGCCAGGAGAGCAUCCUGAGCAGCUGCGCGUUCACGGAGCAGGCGCUGCACCACGGCUCGGCCACAGAGGUGCUGCUGGUGCAGAAGCAGAUGGGCGAGCGGCUGCGGGAGCUGGCGGCACGGCCCUUCCCUGAGCACCCGCACGAGAACGCGCAGCUCGAGUUCCGCGCUGAGCCCGAGGGGCUGCGCCGCUCCAUCCAGAACCUGGGCGCGCUGCUGACCACCAGCGCCACGGCGCACACCACGGUGGCCACGGGCGAGGGGCUGCGCCAGGCCGUGGUGGGGCAGCCCUGCUCGCUCAGCGUCACCACCAAGGACAAGGACGGGGCGCUGGUGCGCAGCGGCGGCGCCCGCCUGCGCUUCGCCGUGACGGGCCCCGACGGCGCCGCGGCCGAGGCUGAGGUGCAGGACAACCGCAACGGCACCUACGAGCUGGUGUACACGCCGCGCGCCGAGGGCGACUUCGUGCUGUCCAUCCUGCUGUACGGGCAGCCCGUGCGCGGCUCCCCCUUCCGCGCCCGUGCCCUGCGUCCCGGCGACGUGCCCCCAUCCCCUGAGGAGGCCAAGCGCCGCGUCAAGUCCCCGGGCGGGGGGCACGUGCGGCAGAAGGCCCUGCGCCGCCCCGCCAGCAUGUACGGCAGCGCCAAGCGCAAGGAGAACCCCAUCGAGGAUGAGCUCAUCUUCCGUGUCGGCAGCCGCGGCCGGGAGAAGGGCGAGUUCACAAACCUGCAGGGGAUCUCCACGUCCAGUGCCGGCCGCAUCGUUGUGGCUGACAGCAACAACCAGUGCGUGCAGGUGUUCAGUAAUGAGGGGCAGUUCCGGCUGCGUUUCGGGGUGCGGGGGCGCUCCCCGGGGCAGCUCCAGCGCCCCACGGGGGUCUCUGUGGACACCAAUGGCGACAUCAUCGUGGCCGACUACGACAACCGCUGGGUCAGCGUGUUCUCACCUGAGGGCAAGUUCAAGACGAAGCUGGGUGCAGGGCGGCUGAUGGGCCCCAAGGGUGUCGCCGUAGACCGCAAUGGGCACAUCAUCGUGGUGGACAACAAGGCCUGUUGUGUCUUCAUCUUCCAGCCCAAUGGGAAGCUGGUGGCGCGUUUCGGCUCCCGCGGCACUGCCGAGCGCCAGUUUGCAGGGCCCCACUUUGUGGCUGUCAACAACAAGAACGAGAUCGUGGUGACUGACUUCCACAACCACUCGGUGAAGGUGUACAACGCAGAGGGCGAGUUCCUGUUCAAGUUUGGGUCGCACGGGGAGGGCAACGGGCAGUUCAACGCGCCCACGGGGGUGGCUGUGGACAGCAACGGCAACAUCAUCGUGGCCGACUGGGGCAACAGCCGCAUCCAGGUGUUUGACAGCGCAGGCUCGUUCCUGUCCUACAUCAACACGGCGGCCGACCCGCUGUACGGACCGCAGGGGCUGGCGCUCACCUCCGAUGGCCACGUGGUUGUGGCUGACUCGGGCAACCACUGCUUCAAGGCCUAUCGGUACCUGCAGUGACGGCCGGACCGCGGGGAUGCCACGGCAGGGCGGGCCCACAGUGCCCCGAGGGACGGCUGCCCCCGGCCUCGCUGCCCCCACGCGCCGCCCCGGCUUCAUGUGCACUUUAUCCUGGGGGGCGGCCGGGCCUGGGGGACGAGGACGGGUCCCACGGGGCGGGGGCUGCCUGGGGGUCACGAUCUGACCCCUCCUCCUGGAGCCCCAGUGCCCUGGCUGA